AUGCCACUACCUACUUUCCCAAAUACCCGCAGACUCUUACUGGACUGCACCUCUUUUCUGGAUCAUCAAAUUGGUGGAGGGGUUUGUGGGUGCUGCGGGGCUCUGAGACCCCGAUAUAAGAGACUCGUCGAUAACAUCUUCCCAGAGGAUCCAGAGGAUGGUCUGGUAAAAGCGAACAUGGAGAAGCUAACCUUCUACGCUCUGUCCGCUCCUGAGAAGCUAGAUCGCAUCGGGGCGUACUUGUCGGAGAGGCUGUCACGGGACGUGGCCCGGCACAGAUACGGGUACGUCUGUAUAGCGAUGGAAGCCUUGGACCAGUUGCUGAUGGCCUGUCACUGUCAAAGCAUUAACCUGUUUGUGGAGAGUUUCCUCACUAUGGUACGGAAGCUUCUGGAGGCAGACAAACCCAACCUCCAGAUCCUGGGCACCAACUCGUUUGUGAAGUUUGCUAAUAUAGAAGAGGACACACCCUCCUACCACAGAAGCUACGACUUCUUCGUUUCGCGCUUCAGUGAAAUGUGUCACUCCAGUGACGAGGACCCAGACGUUCGCAUCAAGAUCCGGGUGGCAGGGAUACGAGGUUUACAGGGUGUGGUGAGGAAGACUGUGAACGAUGAGCUGCAGGCGAAUAUCUGGGAUCCACAGCACAUGGAUAAGAUAGUGCCUUCCCUGUUAUUCAACCUCCAACAGGACGACAGCACAGAGAGUAGGUCUCCAUCCCCUGGUUCUGAGAAGGAUAAGGAGAGUCCAGCAGAGCUGACCGAACGCUGUUUAAGAGAGUUACUAGGACGGGCAGCCUACGGCAACAUUAAGAACGCCAUUAAGCCUGUACUCAUGCACCUCGACAACCAUUCCCUGUGGGAGGGCAAAACAUUUGCAGUGCGCUGUUUCAAAAUCAUUAUGUACUCCAUUCAGUCUCAGCACUCACACCUGGUGAUUCAGCAGCUGCUGGGCCAUUUGGACGCCAACAGCAAAAACUCGGCCUCGGUGCGUGCUGGGAUAGUGGAGGUCAUCUCAGAGGCGGCGGUCAUAGAGGCCAGUGGCUCAAUAGGUCCUACAGUGCUGGAGGUGUUUAACACCCUCCUCAAACAGCUGAGACUGAGUGUGGACUACGAGGUCAGCGGCUCCUAUGACACCUACGGCUCAAAGACGGUCAAAGUGCACGAGGAGAGACAGCUCCAGGAGUCUGUCAUACAGACUAUAGGGUCAUUCGCCAACACUCUGCCCACGUAUCAGAGGUCAGAGGUCAUGCUCUUUAUCAUGGGCAAGAUCCCUGUGCUAGGCAUGUAUCCUGUCCUGGGACCUGCCAACACGGGAUUUGAGGGAAGUCGAAUGAUUCAGAUUAUGCUGUUGAAAUCACUACUGCAGGUGACGGUGGGUUUUCAGACCACUAACAUGCUGACGGCUCUCCCCACCUCCUUCCUGGACCCCCUGCUCUCCUUCACGCUGAUGGAGGACGCCGAGAUCCGUCUCCUGGUGCUCCACAUUCUCAUCAGCCUCAUCGACCGUCAUGACAACCAGCUUAAGUUCACCCCCAUCAGAAUCAUAACAGACAUCGGGGCUCUGAAGCUGAAAGUGGACAAGUGUUCUCGACAGGACAAUCUCUUCAUGAAGAAGCACUCCCAGAGGCUGUAUCGCCACAUCUUCCUGGCCAGUAAAGAGGAGAACGGCACCAGUCAACACUUUGAGUCUCUCUACGUGCUCCUGGGCCUGAUCUCUGUGGAGCUGGCCACCGAGGACGUGGUGGUAGACCUCAUUCGCCUGGCGCUGGCCCUGCAGGAUCUGGCGUUGACUAAUGAGGAGACAUUUCCUGUAUUUAACCGAUGUGCUCUCCACGCCCUCUCGGCUGCGUAUUUGAAUCUGAUCAGCCAGCUGACGACUGUGCCAACCUUCUGCCAACACGUCCAUGAGGUAAUUGAGGCGAGACAGAAGGAACUCCCAUUCCUACUCCCAGAGGAUGUUUUCACGGAUGACCCCAGACUUCCGGAGAAACUGGAGAAGGUGGAGGGAGAGGUUCUUUUCCUUCAGGCCAAAAUCGCAGAGACACUGGGAGGCAGUGGAUACAACACAGAGAGACUGGCCACACCCUACAUCCCACAACUGACAGAUGAAGACAGGCUGUCGAAGAGGAAGAGCAUCGGAGACACAAUCUCUCUGCAGUUAGAGAUGGAAUCCAGACACAGUCCGGAGAGAGAACAGAGGAGGUCUCCUGCUGAGCAGAUCACCUUUGAAACCCUGAAGCAAGCGAUUGUGGACAGCGCGAGUCUGGAGGAGCAGGAGAGAGAACGCAGGCGACAGGUGGUGGAGAGGUUUCAGACCGCUCCGUUUGAGGAGAUCGCAGCCCACUGCGGAGCCAGAGCGUCGUUACUGCAGAGCAAACUCAAGCAAAUCUUUGAGAUCACAAUACGACCUCCUCCAAGUCCCUCUGGCUCCAUUGGUCAAACACAGGGACGCUCUGUGCCCGUCUACGAGAUGAAGUUUCCAGACCUGUGUGUCUACUGA